AUGAGUUUUUUACCAAGCAUUCUUUCCAUCCUCGUAAUGGCAGAAUUUGUUCUAGGAAAUUUUGCCAAUGGCUUCAUAGCACUGGUGAACUGCAUUGACUGGGUCAGGAGACAAAAGAUCUCCUGUGCUGAUCGAAUUCUCACUGCUCUGGCAGUCUCUAGAAUCGUCUCUAGAAUCGGUUUGCUCUGGACAAUAAUAUUCUACUGGUAUUCAAGUAUGUUUUAUCCGGUUUUCUAUAGUUUAGAAGUAAGAGCUAUUGUUUAUAUUGUCUGGGUAGUAAGCAACCAUUUUAGCCUCUGGCUUGCUACUAGCCUCAGCAUACUUUAUUUGCUCAAGAUAGCCAAUUUCUCCUGCCCUUUAUUUCCCCACCUGAAAUGGAAAGCUAAAAGAGUGGUUAUCAUGAUACUGUGGGGGACUUUGGUCUUCUUGGUUUGUCGACUUGCACUGUUAUACGUGGAUGAAAAACUAAAGAUGAAUGAACGUAAAGGAAACAGCACUUGGGAGACGAACCUCAGGGACACUGUGCGCCUUUCAAAUAUAACUGUGUUCAUGCUUAUAUAUGUCAUACCUUUUACUGUGUGCCUGACAGCUUUUCUGCUGUUAAUCUUUUCCCUGUGGAAACAUCUCAAGAGGAUGCUGCUCAGUAACAAAGGAUCCCAAGAGGUCAGCACCAAGGUCCACGUAAGAGCAAUGCUGAUUGUGAUCUCCUUUCUCUUGCUACUUGCCAUUUACUUUGUGACUCUAAUUCUCUCAGUUUGGGGUUUCUAUAAUCCUCAGAAUAUACCAGUUUCUCUGUGUUUCCAGAUUUUUACAAUUGCCUAUCCUUCAGGCCACUCGUUAAUCCUGAUCUGGGGAAACAAGAAGCUAAGUCAGGAGUUCCUCUCAGUUACAUGGCAGGUUAGGUGCUGGCUGAAAGGAUGGAAACCUUCAACACCAUAG